AUGAGCGCUGCGACUAACACUGAUAGUGUGAAGAAACCCAAAGGCACAGUCGGUCGACCCCAUCCUGUUACUCCUUUGGUUCAAGAAAGAGCUGUUGAGUUGUCGGGGUGGGCGGCAGAAACGCUGAAGUUGUACCGGGAGAGAGUCGAGCAACUAAAGAAUGAGCAACCAAAGAGAAGAAAGCCAGACAUGACAGCCUUCGCAGAGCUGAAGAAUACCCGCACUCCACAGAGAAGGCAUGGAGAGCUUCCAGGAAUUCCCGUCGGCCUGUGCCUAAGAGGACGUGGAGAAGCCGCCAUAUUGGGGAUUCACGAAGACAUCACAAAAGGGAUUUCUGCUCUCCAAGACGACCCCUGCUAUGCCAUCUCUUUGUCGGGUAAGUACGCCGAUGAUAGAGAGACAGAUGAUGGCAAGAUUUACUACUCCGGGGAAGGCGGAAAAGGCGAAAACGACAAGCAGGUGAAAGAUCAAGAUUGGGAAAACCCAAGAAAUGCGUCCUUGAGACUUUCCGUAAAGACACAAACACCAGUGCGUGUAAUCCGAGCUACAACCAACAAGGAUAGGGAAAUCCGAUAUGUCUACCUUGGCUUGUAUCGAUGUGUCAAGUACACAUAUGAAACAGGCAAAGAUGGCUUCAAAGUUUACAUGUUCACUCUGGUUCCAAGCAUGGAGCAUGGAAACUCAACACCACGUUUCUCUCCUUUGGUGCGUUCCAAUAGGAGCAAACUUGCCUGCAAGACACCGCGAAGGAAGCAACAGCAAGUAAUGCAUCCGACACCACGUUUCACUCCUUUGGUGCUUUCCACUAGGAGCAAACUCCCCUGCAAGACACCGCGAAGGAAGCAACAGCAAGUCAAACAACCAACCACGGUUAGAAGGGGCUCUAAAAAGUUGACUGUUCACGACAGGCUGAACAAAUCCAUGAACAAAAACAUGCGUAGACUGAGUCGCAGUUAG